AGCUUCUGAAGAAAAGUCUCUUUCUUCAUCAUCCCAAAAAGUCCAACCAAAAGACAGAGAGACAAAGAGAAAGAGAAAGAGAUAUCACAACAAUGGAUCAUCAUCUUCAACCUUGACACCACAAAAACCUUCCUCUUCCCCCAGAAAUCUUGGAGAAAAGUCUCGAAAUCACUACUUGAUUUGUCCAUCUGAUCGAAUGUCUAGGAAACCCUUCCUCUUCCUCUUAUGUCAUCUUCUUCUUCUUCUAGGUUUCUGCGUUGACUUGGGUCAACCCCUCAAAGUCCCCUUCAGCGUCGACGAUGUUCUCCCGAUGCUUCCACGCCAAGUCUCCUGGCCCGUUCUUAACAGCUUCCACAGCGCCGUGGAUCUGUUGCCUGUCUUCAUCGGGUCCUUAACUCCCAACAGCAACGCCUCCCUCGAGUGGAAAGGUGCUUGCUUUCGCGGCAACGAGGCUCGUCUCGACAUCACACGUAGCGAUCGCGACGAGCCUGGGCUCGGAGGCGGCCUUCUCCAUCUCAAAACAUCUGAGGCACGUAGCUUGACUUGUAUGGACCUAUAUGUCUUUGCAACGCCGUACAGGAUCACAUGGGACUACUACUUCUCUGCCAGAGAUCACACUUUGAGCUUUGAUUCAUGGGAAGAGACAGCUGAGUUGGAUUAUGUGAAGGAGCAUGGAGUUUCAGUGUUUCUAAUGCCAUCAGGGAUGCUAGGGACGUUGCUUUCUUUAAUCGAUGUGCUGCCUCUUUUCUCCAACACUGCUUGGGGACAGAACGCGAACUUGGCUUUCUUGAAGAAGCAUAUGGGCGCUACGUUUGAGAAACGACCUCAGCCUUGGCGGUCUGUUAUCAAUCCGGAAGAUGUGCAUUCUGGUGAUUUCUUGGCUGUCUCCAAGAUUAGAGGAAGGUGGGGUGGGUUUGAGACUCUGGAGAAAUGGGUGACCGGUGCUUUCGCCGGUCACACAGCUGUUUGUCUGAAGGAUGAUUUGGGGAGGCUUUGGGUUGGUGAAUCUGGUCAUGAGAACGAGAAGGGUGAAGAGAUCAUUGUUGUGAUUCCUUGGGAUGAAUGGUGGGCUCUCACGUUGAAGGAUAACUCGAAUCCACAAGUAGCUUUGCUUCCUUUGCAUCCGGAUAUCCGUAAAAAGUUCAACAACACAGCUGCGUGGGAGUAUGCACGCAGCAUGUUGGGGAAGCCUUAUGGAUAUCACAACAUGAUCUUCAGCUGGAUCGACACUCUUGGUGAUAACUACCCGCCUCCCCUUGAUGCUCACUUGGUUAUUUCUGUCAUGUCUAUGUGGACUCGUGUGCAGCCUGCGUAUGCUGCUAAUAUGUGGAACGAGGCGCUCAAUAAACGGCUCGGUACUGAGGAUCUUGAUUUGUAUGGGAUCCUUGAAGAAACAGCGAGGCGUGGGAUGUCGUUUGAUGAGCUGCUGACCAUCCCUGAACAGGAUGAGUGGGUUUAUAGUGAUGGGAAGUCAACUACAUGUGUUGCUUUCAUCCUUGCAAUGUACAAAGCCGCUGGUGUGUUUGGCCCUAUUGCUGAUCACAUUCAAGUCACUGAGUUCACUAUCCGAGAUGCUUACACUCUGAGGCUGUUUGAAGAUAAUCAGACGAGGCUACCGAGUUGGUGUAACACAGAGAAAGGGAAGCUUGAGUUCUGUCAGAUUCUAGGUGAAUACAGAAUGGAGUUGCCUGGUUAUAACACCAUUGAUCCUUAUCCAAACAUGAAUGAGAAUUGUCCUUCUUUGCCUCCUGAUUAUGAGAGGCCUUCUAAGUGUUAGAAAAAAAUAAUUAAUCAAACAUGUUUGUCUCUUUGUUUGUGUUCGUCUGCUUCAUGUUUGUUUAUUUACCGAGCUUUUACCCUUUUAGUUAUUAGGGAAAUAGAGUUUUAUGUGAACAAACUUUAUGUGAAUAUAUAUGAUGAUGUUUUAUCUUUA